GUUUAGAAGGUGUAGCUGAGCUGGAGGGAAAUAAAAAAAAUUGAUCAACGUGCGGCAAGGAGAGGGUACGCGGGAUCUGCCGAUGAAAUUUGUAUACGGUUAGAGUAGCGUGGAUUGUCGACAUAACAGAAAAUGAUGCAGGAAAAUGCAAACAAGCCGAUAACUCUUUCGCCAUUGUUGGUGUUGAAAAGUGUUGGUCCAAAAUUGGUGCCUUUCAUCAAGACAGCAAUUGUGUAUUUUGUUGCCUGGCUACCUGCAAGUCAACCAUCAUCCUUUGCAGCUUUGGUCAAAUGUCUGCCUGUGCUGUGUCUUAUUGCUUUUGUGAUUUUACAAGGAAUGAAUUCUAAACCACAGCAAAAGUAUCGAAGGCUCAUCCUUUUUGGACUGAUCCUAUCAGUCAUUGGUGAUGCACUGCUCAUUUGGCAUGAGACCCAGUUUGUUUCUGCUAUGGCAGCAUUUGGUCUGGCUCAUCUGGCAUACAUCUACGCAUUUGCCCUUGAGUCGGAAAACUGCUUGCUCAAAUCAUUCCCGUUUGCAAUAUUAUCUUUCUUGGGCAUAUAUCUGAUGUAUCCUGGCCUUAAUGGCAUCCUAGUUCCAGGUGUCACAAUCUACAUCGUGCUGAUCAACACCAUGGCAUGGAGAGCAUUUGCACAUGUUGAUAUUCUUGAGAAUAUCUGGUCAUGGACCAAGCUAUGUGCUUGUGUCGGAGCCUCCCUAUUCCUCAUUUCUGACUUUGUCAUUGGGAUGAACAAGUUCUGCUUUGAAAUUCCUGGUGCCCGAGCUGUUAUAAUGGUCACAUAUUAUUCUGCACAGUGUUUUAUAGCACUGUCUGCUGCCAACACAGAUCAUCUUGUGUGUGACCUAAGAGCUAAAGAGAAAUAAAGCACUUUCCUAAAGUGCAGAGUGCGUUGUUUAGCAAGUCAUGGGUUUGUGGCUGGGAAUUGAUAAUAAUCCCAUACCAUCAUAAAAAGUUAUAUUUUGAAGAUUUUCAUUCUUUGGAAAAACUUGUCCUUUCCCAUUUUAUUGUCAUGUUGAUAAAGCAUGCACAUUUGAAACCAACAAAAGCCUGAUAGACAUUCUUACAAUUCUCAACCUUUUUAUGUAAGGUUAUUUUAAACAAUGUCUAGAUAAGAAGGAAUUUUAUGGCUAUGGUAUGCAAAAAAUCUUUGGUUCUUCACCACCAUUAUCACUUUCUACAUUGUAACAUGUAUUCAUAAGUACAUUUACGUGUCUUUAUUGAUGUUUGUCCCAAUGUGUUAUGUUCUUAUUAGUUACGUUCCAAUGUUCUUUAUUUACUACAUUUUUAUCGACUUUUUGCCUAGAGGAUUUCAUUAGAGUCCAUCAAGCAGCCUGCUACUGUGACCUUUCUUUUAUUCACGUAUAGUCAUAACCUGGUUUGCAAUAAAUGAAGCACUUCAUUUUGCUUAGAUAUGCUGUUCCUCCAAUUGUUCCUCAAAUUAUAUCAAAUAUAACUUGUUAAUUGUUGUCAUACUGUUGUGGAGAUUGUAACUUUUAAUCAAGUGUCCAUUGUACAUAAAUAUCAAAUAUUUAUUAUUUUACUUAUUUUCGCAAUCAUCAAUGAUAGAAAUCCAGUAUCAUGACUUAAACAUGCGUCCGUAAAUCUGACAAACUGCAAAGUACGAAGAAAGCAGAGGACUGCUGCAAUAAUUAUGUAACUUCAUUGCUGAAAUGCAAAUCUCAUGGAAAUAUAUUUUGUGAUGCCUUGUUUCCUUUGAUUAUAUGUUGAUUAAACAUAGAAACCUUUUACCAUUCAAGAAAGUCAAUGAAAAAAGAUCAUUCUUUUACUUUCUUCUGCAAGGCACAAUCCUUAAUCUAUAUUGAAUAAAAAUGCUUUACACAUUUCCCUGGCCAACAAUCUGUUGUAUCUUUAUUUAAAUAUGUAAAAUGACUUUGUAGUACUGUCAACUCCUCCUUGAAGUUUUUACUUUGCUAACACCAUAGAUUACAAUGUUAAGAGACAUUUACAUAUAUUUAUAAUUUUUGGAUUGCAAACUAGCUGUUGCCUGUAAGAUUGUACAUAACGCGAUCCAUAUUCUGA